ACAGCCCCACUCUGCUGACUCAGUGCCUUAUUCAGUCUUCUCUCUCUCUCCACUGCUGUAGCUGGAGCCCUUUGCCUUCACCACCUCUGAGAAUCCGCACAUCCCACCAUGGCUAAAACAGCAAUGGCCUACAAGGAAAAGAUGAAGGAGCUGUCCAUGCUGUCUCUGAUCUGCUCUUGUUUUUAUCCUGAACCUCGCAACAUAAAUAUCUAUAAAUAUGAUGAUAUGGAAGUUAAACAGAUCAACAAACGUGCCUCUGGCCAGGCCUUUGAAUUGAUCUUAAAGCCACCAUCGCCUGUCUCAGAAGCACCUCGAACUUUAGCCUCUCCAAAGAAGAAAGAACUGUCUCGUGAGGAGAUCCAGAAAAAGCUGGAAGCUGCAGAGGAGAGGAGAAAGUCCCAGGAGGCCCAGGUGCUCAAACAUCUGGCAGAAAAGAGAGAACAUGAGCGAGAAGUCCUACAAAAGGCUUUGGAGGAGAACAAUAACUUCAGUAAAAUGGCAGAGGAAAAGCUGAUACUGAAAAUGGAACAGAUCAAAGAAAACCGUGAAGCUAAUUUAGCUGCUCUUAUUGAACGUCUUCAAGAAAAGGAGAGGCAUGCUGCAGAGGUCCGUAGAAACAAGGAACUCCAGGUGGAACUGUCUGGCUGAAAACAGCAAUGGUGGAUGCGAACAUUCCCACCAUUAGUAACUUCCCUGCCUAUAUUAUUAUGGAUCAUGUGAUAUCAGUAUGGGAAAUGUAUGACAUGGUUGAAAAAAAAACAAACAAACCCAAGAACUCAAUAAAAAACAAACAAAAACAAAAAUAAGAACAAAAAAAUGCAGUCUCUUUGCAGAAUGAUUUGCUUGAUGUUUAAAAAAACUUGGAUCUUAUUUUGUAAAUACUUACAUUUUUGUUAAAAAAUACAAGUAUUGCAUUAUGCAAGUUAUUUCAUAAUCUUACAUGUCCUGUAACAGGCUUUUGAUGUUGUCUGUCUCCACUCAGUUGAAUUUGCUAGGUCUGUUCAUUUGAAGCUCCCCACGUCUAUUUCCAUUCCCUGCAAUUUUCAUUCCAACAACUAAUGAGGUCAGUAGUAGUUUUAUGGUGCUAGAGACCAGUCAUUCCCUAAUAACCUAGAAUGCUUUGCAAUCAAUAGGCUUUGUUAAAACAAUAACUAGAUCACAGAUAAUAUGACUCCACAUGAAGCUGUCCAGAUAAAAGGCUCUUAAAACAUUAUAUGUUCAUAAUUUAUUUACAGCCCAGACUCUGUAGCACACCAUGAAUCAGAGAUUAAAUUAUGUGCAGUGUUUAUUUCUUCUGCCUUCAUCAGAUCAGAAGCAAUACAUAUUGCUUUGUGAUUGACAAGGCAAGUGACAUCAAUGUAGUCAAAAUUAAGAUGCUAAAUAUUAUGAACAUCUAGCUACAAAAAAUCCAAAAUGGUACAAAACAGCCAUAAAAAUGCUAAUUGUAAAGUGAGCUUAAUUCACCACUUGAAGAGUUAUUGAUGAAGCAAUUAAUCAGUGUCAAGUAGCUUUAUCUGUAGAUGCCAUGGUCUAUGGUAUUCAUUUUAAGCUACCAUAUUACAUGCAUACAAGUACAAAAGGCUAAUGGAUAGUUUUACCUAAAACCCAGGAGCUGGUUGUUGCAUUUUUUUUACACUGCUGACUUCCACUCAACCUGACCUUUAUUUUUCAGUGUUAGUCAACCCUACUGAGUCUAAAGACAUCUAGAACCAAGAGGGC